AUGUCCGCCGUCGAACUAGCCAAGCAGGCUGCCGCAAAGGUCGCCGUGUCAAACCACUACCCGAAAGAUGCCCGCUGGGUCGGCAUCGGCAGCGGCACGACAAUUGUCUACGUCGUCGAGGCCAUCAAGGCUCUCGGCGUGGACACCUCCGCCACCAGAUACGUCCCGACCGGUUACCAGUCCAAGCAGCUGAUCGUCAAUGCCGGUCUGACGGCUGUUGAAUUCGAUGCUAUUCCCCAGGGUACCAUUCUCGACGUGGCGUUUGACGGCGCGGACGAGGUCGAUGAGGAUUUGAACUGCAUCAAGGGCGGUGGUGCCUGUUUGUUCCAGGAGAAGAUCGUCGCUAUGCAGGCGCGGGAGUUUAUUUGCGUUGCCGACCACCGCAAACUCCAAACCCGCCUCCUCACGAGCUGGAAGACUAUCCCAAUUGAAGUCGCCCCGAUUGCUGCCCACCGUGUCAUUGCAAAGCUAGUGGAACUCGGCAGUAUCGAUCCUACUAUUCGGCCUUCCGCUAGCGCCAAGGAAGGUCCUCUGAAGACUGAUCAGGACUUCUUCAUUAUCGAUGCUCCUUUCCCGCCCUUGCUGAUCAAGUCUGAUCUCGCCGCUGGCCAGGAGGGUAACGGCAAGGAUGGUGUGUGGGCGGUUGAUGUGCUGUCCCACAAGAUCAAGGAUAUUGCUGGUGUGCUUGAGGUUGGUAUCUUCAGCGGUAUGACUGGGCCGGAGGCUACUGCUGCUGGUGGAAUUGGUGGACAGAAGCCUGUUGCGGCUUACUUUGGUAUGGCUGAUGGCUCGGUUUCUGUCCGCAAGGCUCAGUAG